UGCGUUGCCGUUAGUUCGUGCCCAGCAUUUAGGAAGCGAACGGAACAGCCUUUCUGACUGUGCUUCAUUUUUUUUCUAGUGCUAUUUGGUAGUUAUUGUUGUUGUUGUUGCUGCUGCUACCGUUGCUGUUGCGCCGUGCAGCAUGCAACGCUUUUGGCGCGCCUAGUUUGAAAUUUGUUGUUAACAGUUGCAAAUUGUGUGGCUCAGUGUCUCAAAUGUGGUAAGCAUGCCGCCCGCUGAGCAUCAUGUGGGCACGCCCCACGGCCAGGCGACCGACGAUGAGGACUAUCAAAUGGCGGCCAGCGCCAGCCAGUGGAAGGAUGUGCCGGACAAGUAUUUUAUGGUGAUAGCGCACUUGCUGGCCGGCCAUAUCAACGACACGGAGGACAUGGAGCGUGUCAAUGGGCCGAUACUGAAGGCGAGCAUUAAGUCGGUCUAUUGGCUGUUUCUCAUACAGUACGCCACUCUGGCGCUGCUGGGCGUCCUGCUGAACAUUGCCAUCAUUGUGUACAUCAUGUAUAAUCGGCUCUACAAGGACGUCACGCAUGCGUUCAUCAUCAAUUUGGCUUUCUGCCAUUUCGUGCAGUGCGCUCUGGUCUUGCCCGUUUCGCUGAUGGUGAUGCUGCUCCAGAACUGGAUAUUCGGCCAGUUCUUGUGCUUCUUUUUGCCCAUGCUGCAGGACAUACCGAUACAUGUGGCCAUGAUAUCGCACAUUCUCAUUGCCUGGGAUCGCAUGCGCUGGCUGAAUGAUCCGCUCAAGGGCCGGAUACCUGGCUUCGUCUGUUGCUGUGCCACCUGGCUUACUGGUAUGGUAAUUGCGCUGCCCUAUCCCAUUUAUACGAUGUACGUGGAGCUUGGGGCGUACAUACCACAGCUAUCGGGCAUUGGACUGUGCGUGGUCAAUUUGAUGGAUGACAUGCAAGAAUAUACGCGAGGAUUGUUUCUAAUUAUGUACUGCGGUCCGGCCGUCCUGUUGUCCUAUUUAUAUAUACGCACCUCACAGGAGCUUCGCCCGCCGGAUGGACCCUUCGCUGUCAUGAUGUAUGAGCAUCGCGUCGAUCUACGCAUGAGACAGAGGAACUCGUCCGCUUCGUCGGAGCCGCGUACACAUAGCGGCGGAGGCGUGGCUGGGCUAAGCAACGGACACGGCACCAGCUCCCGCUCUUACGAUCUCUACAGCGCCGAAAUGGACGUGUGCCGGGAGAAGCGCAAGCAGCGCAACUUUGGCAGCAUGGCCGCCACCCAGGUGGUCUGUCUGUGCCCCUUGAUGAUACUACGAUUCGCACGUCUCUCGCUCGAGGAAACGUACGAGAAUCAAAAGCAUUUCGACUUUACCUACUUGAUGUUUGUCUGGGUCGCAUUCCUGCCCACAGUCAUAUUUCCCUGCAUCUAUGCCUCACAGAUAUUACCUAGAGAUGAACAGGAGCGUUUACGCGGCUAUUUCCGGCUGUCGGCCAAGCGAGCGUCUAAGCCGCAGCGUCGCAGCAAUGCAGGCAGCUCGCAUGAGGACUCUAUUGAAAAGGAUGAGCACACCAAUACAACGAGUAUUGUGGGUAAGGGUCAAGCCCAGGCACCGUCAGAUUCGCAGAAGCAUCCAACCAAGGGGCACGCAGUGUCCGCGCGUCAUGAGCGCAGCCAGGGUCAUGGCUUGGGUGCCACGGAUCGCUACAGCGGUGCGCCCUACAGACAGGGUCAGUCUGGCAUCAAGGAGCGAGAUCGUGAGCGGGACAAGGAACGUGAACGUGAACGUGAACGGGAUAAGGAUCGGGAUCGGAACCGGGAUCGGGAUCGAGAUCGGGAUCGGGAACGGGAUCGGGAUCGGGAACGUGAGCGACAGCGCGGCAUAUUGGGUGGUCGCGGAGCUGGGGAUGCGGGCAUGGUCAACAAUCUAAGCAAGAAUAUGCGCGGCAAGAAGCACGACGUCAAGAUCAACAUAAUCUCGGAUGGGCAUGCAUCCACUGGAUCGGCGCGCAAACAGCCGCCGAGCACUAGCAGCAACAAUAGCAGCCGCACCAUCAAGGCCGCCUCGUCUUCCGGCCCGGCUCGCCAGAAGCUGGGCGUGGAGUACAUGUCGGUGUCGAACAACUCGGUGUCCAAUCUGACCGCCUCCACGUACUGCAAUGGCAACAACAGCGCCCUGUUGGACGACAGCGGCACCAGCAACUACGGCGAUGGCGAGGAGAGUUCCGUGGUGAGCAGCAUGAUGCAUCCGCCCCAGCGCUGGCCCAACGUGGGCGGACUGCGAAACAAGGAUGUUUCGUUCAGUGAGUGCAGCAGCACCUUCUCGUCGAGCACGCUGGACCGCGACUUGGAGAUCAUCGAUCUGCUGGAGCGAGAGCGCAGCAUGGACAUACAGGAAAUGAUGCAGCGCGAGCAGCAGGACGACAAGAUCCGUCUCUCCAUUGGCGGCGUUGGCCGUCAGCUGCCGGACAUUGAGAAGUUGUAUGCGCAGCGCUCGCCAAAAACCAAACGUGACUCCAGCUAUGGCUAUGACAAGAGCGGCCUGGCUCUGGUAAUGCCCGGCAGCGAUCCGCUCAGCAUGUCGCUGUCGAGCAGCAGCCAGCCCACUGAGUACAGCCUGUGCUCCAAUCUGCAGGAGCAGCAGCACAUGCAUCAAGCUCAGCAGCGACUAGGCCACUUGCAGCCGCAACAGCAGCAGCACCAGCAUCAUCAGCUAGACGAGGAGGAGGUGCCGCAGGACUUUUACGACAGCUACACACCCGGUGGAAACAACAAUUUGCCACGCUCAGCCAUGGUGCAGGCCCCACAGGCCGCUCAGCCCCCGCCCGCCUAUCAGUAUCAAUAUACGCGCCGCUUGAGCCGCAAGAGCUCGGGCGCCGGAUCCCAUCAUGGACCGGGUGGUGGCACAACGCGCGGCUCCAAGCGCGAUAGCUUCAAUUCCCUCAACGGCACCGAUCUGAUUGCCGGCGCAUUCUGCGAGCUGGACCCCACACAGCCCCUGAACAAGAUGACCGGCCUGGAGGGACGCAUGCGGCGCAGCAGCCCGAGGAACACCAGCUUCAGUUCCAGUUCGGCGCGCAGCUCAAUGAAGUCGCGGGACUAUGGGCACGGCUCGGCGCACUCAGCCCAUCCGGAACUCGACUUCAGGGAGAACAUAUUUGCCGAGCUCUAA